GGGGGAUCCGGUCGGGGGGACAAUGGCACACCUGGGCUGCUUUCUUGUGCCCGCACGCUGCCGCCAUGUGAGAUUUCUCACGAGGUCAAAGAUCAUUUCCACGACCCGUGAUGAGCAGCAGUGGACACGUGCCCCGAUUGGUGAAAGGGUAGAGCAGAGAUCCGCGGAAUCCCUUUUUUGCUCCCUCAAUGCUUCCGGUUGGCUGCUCUCCAGCGUGCUCCACGUCGUCUUUGAACAUCAUCGCAUCCCGAGGUUCUCCAUUGAUGAUCUCACGUAGGCUAGGUACUGUCCUACUGUAUUGUACAUAACGCGCACCUUGACGGGCCGCCCAGAUAGCAGGCGCCAUCAUCACCAACUGCGGAAGUGGACAACGUUGAGGCUAAGGAGAAACGUCCCAUGGGUGUUUCAGAUCUCGGGAGCCAACAACUGAUUCAAAAGCAUGACUCGCGAGGCGUGCGAGGAAGAUGCUUCCUCGAGGGGAUGUUGAUUUCCCAAACGAAUGCGAUGGCAUCAAAUCACACGUGUGAUGAUGAGGUUCCGGAUUGCUUCAUCGUGUCCCGAGGAUGUUCGCCUUUCGUGAGUAACUAGUUCGAGAGCAUCGCACGUCUACCAUGCCUCCGUUCAUGAGGCCAGCACUUGAUAUGUCGAAAACCCCAAUAUCGCCUGGGCAAUAUAACUUAGAG